AUCAAUGCUAUAUUUUAUACUUUGCGAAAGAACAUCUUUGCUAACGCCCCAACAUUGUUUCAAAUAUGGCGGCACAGUAAUUGACAUUUGGGUUUGACAGACGAAAAGUAUAUUGAUGAUGUCUACAUAUAAAGUUAAUGACUUAUCCAUUGAGUUAUUUCGCACAGAUCAGUAUUACAUUUUUAUGAAAGGGGAAUAUGGCUUAUGGUGGAACCGUCACACUGGCAUUUUUCAGGCAAAGUCAGGCUGGGAUCUCUCAACAGCAGAUGACCCUGAUUGCCUUGGAGUCUUCUAUGGAAUCAUUGGAAAAAUUGAACUACAUUCUGUUGUUGAAAGCCGUUUGAUUCUUGUAAAAGAUUAUGCGAUAGUGGGUGACCUUCCAGGUGGUAAAACAGUUUACAAAAUAAAAUCCAUAGUUUUCCUGCAGCUUGGUACUUCCAGUGAAAAUGCUGACUUAGGUCUUCAUCCCUGCAAAAAACAUCAGAAUGGAAUGUCUAUCAAGAAGACUGGAGGUGCUGUGGGAAUAUUUGAAAUGCAUCAAAAGGCAGCAUUAGCAAAAACAUGGGGCACAAUGAAGUCUGCAGCAAACACCAUAAAGACAACAACACAACAAGCAGCUGCACUUGCAACAUCCCAGGUAAAAGCUGGGAAACGGCGAGACAGUAAAGAUAAAGAAAAAUUUGAACGACGAAUUUUGGAUGAGUUGCAGAGAGUUUUUACUGACACGGAUUCAUUCUAUUUCUCUUUAUCAACUGAUCUGACAAAUUCCUUGCAGCGACAAGCAGAUCUUAAUGUCAGUAAUGAGAAGAAUACAUUAUCAUUCUGGAAGACAGUGGAUGAUCGAUUUUUCUGGAAUAAACACAUGCUAAGUGAUAUCUUGGCAUUGGGGACACCAUUAGCUGAUCUUUGGGUUAUUCCAGUAAUACAGGGUUUCAUACAGAUUGAACAUUGCAGUGUGGAACUUGGCAGUGAUAGUGGAACUUCUGUUGGAAGUGAAAGGCGAUGUGAGACAUUCACAUUAUGCUUAAUAUCUCGCCGAAGUCGCUUCAGAGCUGGUACCCGUUACAAACGUCGUGGUGUAGAUGAGAAUGGAAAAUGUGCAAAUUAUGUGGAAACAGAGCAAAUUAUUUCUUAUCACCAUCAUCAAGUGUCAUUUGUUCAAGUAAGAGGCUCAGUACCUGUGUUUUGGUCACAGCCGGGAUACAAGUAUAGACCUCCUCCACAGCUUGACAAAGGUGAGGCCGAAACUCAAAGUGCUUUUGAAAAGCAUUUUUCUGAAGAGGUUUCUGUUUAUGGACCAGUAUGCAUAAUCAAUCUUGUUGAGCAAUAUGGAAAGGAGAAGAUCAUAUGGGAUGCAUACACUAAUCACAUAUUAUUGUUAAAUAAUCCACAACUUACAUAUGUUACAUUUGACUUUCAUGAAUACUGCCGUGGAAUGCGUUUUGAAAAUGUUUCCAUUCUGAUUGAAAAUAUUGUUGAUGUUAUAAAAGAUAUGAGUUACUGCUGGAGAGAUCGAGAGGGAUUGAUAUGCAGCCAGAAAGGUGUGUUCAGGGUUAACUGCAUCGAUUGCCUUGAUAGGACAAAUGUUGUGCAGACUGCCAUUGCAAAAGCUGUUAUGGAAAUUCAGUUUACCAAAUUAGGCUUGAUUGCACCAGAGGGAAGAAUACCAUCUAAUAUACGAAAUACAUUUCAGCUUUUAUGGGCUAAUAAUGGUGAUAUCAUCAGUAAACAGUAUGCAGGGACCAAUGCACUAAAGGGUGACUACACAAGGACUGGAGAAAGGAAAUUCACUGGAAUGAUGAAAGAUGGAAUGAACUCAGCUAACAGGUAUUACCUCAGUCGUUUCAAGGAUGCCUACAGGCAGGCUACCAUAGAUAUGAUGUUGGGUAACAUUGUGUCAGAUGAUGUGUUUUCUCAAGAGAAGGCUGUUGAUGAAGAAGAUGUAGCCUUAACAGCUGAGCAUGUGAAAUUGCUUAUUGAAGAUUGUAAAAAAAUGUUGAUAAGUGAUUCUGAGAUCAUUCUUGGGGCAUGGGGCCUUAUAGAUGCAGACCCAGUGUCAGGAGAUCCUACAGAAACUGAAAUGGAUUCUAUCUUGAUCCUUACACGGGACUCUUAUUAUGUUGCUGAUUAUGAUGACCAGUUAGACAGAGUAAUGAAGUACCAAAGGGUGCUGUUAGAGGACAUUCACAUGGUAGAAUGUGGACCUGUGGAACAGCAGUCCGUACCACUAUUCAAGCACACUGCCCGUACCAGUCAUUAUUGUCUGCGUAUUCACUACAUGGUUGCAAAUAGUCCGGGGUACUUCCAUAUGUUUCGUUCAACUAAUCUGCGAUUUUUUAACAACAUGGCUGUUGGAAUUCGUACUGAUGAAGAAAUGAUAGAAUCUUUAAAAGCUAUAUGUGAAGCUUUUAUGGUUGCUGUUGAAGUUGCAAACUUGCCACCCAUACCAUACAUACAAGGAAAACUUGAACGCAAAAAAAGCAAAGUUUUGACAACAAAUUCAAGAGGGCACACAUCGGGAAUUUAUUUAGAUGUCUGCCAAAUACCUCAUAUGACUCGGAAUGUAUCUGAAACCCAAUUACUGGCUCUUAAGAAUGUUGGUACCAGGGCACUGACCAAUAUGAGUAUGCAAUUUAAUAAGUUAAAUAAAAUUGGUCAUAGUUUCAACACGAAGAAAGCAAAAUCAAUUGUCUCAGAUGAAACACAACUGAAGGAAAUGUCUGGUGUACAAGGCAGAGGGGAAAUGCAUGUGUCCUACAGUAAGGUUUACAGUGAUGAAGAAGGUGAUGAUGGUAUUACAUAUGCUCCAGGUCACCAGGAACCUGUUAUGCCUAUAAAUCACUCACAUAUUUCAUUCUCAAAAAUCAAGGUAAAACCUGUGGACUCAUAUCUUCCAAGUGUGGGUAUUAUAAUGUCAACAAGAGUAAGUGAGAACACAUGUACAAGGAAUAUGGAAAGAAUUGCCAUUCUUAAUCAGACGGAUGAACUCUUUCCUUUGGCUGCACCACAUAUAGACAGUGUGUCUUUAUCCCAGGUAGUUCAGAAUGUAUCCAUUCGUAGACAUAUUCUGACACAUUCACGUACAGAUUUAAGUUUAGAUGUGUCAAGUCUACAUUCGGCUAAUGUGACAUCAAAAAAUUCUUCUCUCACCCCAAGCCCUCUCAGACCAGGUUCAACAACACCAGAGAUAACUAUAGAGAAUACAGCAGUUUCAGGUACAACACUCAAUCGGCAAGAAGCUAAUAAAUUUGAUGGUUUAGAAUUUACAUGUCCAGAGAAAUCUGGAGAAAAUGCAAAUGAAAUGCAAAAAGGAGAAAGAAAAUUGUCAACUGGAGCAAAAUUAACUCCUCCAAAUACUCUUCCACUGACGAGAAAGUUAUCACAUUCUUCAGGUGAAGUUGAUGGCGGGCAGAUUACCAAAACCAAAGAUUUUACUAAGCAGAAAAAUGAGAAUAUCAACCAAAGAUCUUCAAAUAUUAAAUUUGGAGACAGUGAUAGACAUUUGAUAGGGAGUUUGAGGUGUUCUUCAGAAAGGGAGCUUUGCUUCAAUAUUACGUCUUCACAGAGUGAAAAUGCAUUGCGUUCCAUAAGAAGUGGUUUCACGAAUGCAAUUACCAGUCCAGUGGCAGUAACAAAAGAUCUUGUCCUCUCACCAUUUUCAAAAAUUGCCAAAGGUAUGCAAAAUCUUGGAGCUAAUUUAGAUCCACGCAAGCUAAAAGGACCUGUUACAGGUGUUUCAGGCAUGGGACGACACACUGUGAUGGAACAACAUUGUGAGGAAAUACAAAGGCUACAAGAAAAAUGGAAAAGUUGUAGAACCCGUCUCAUUGCAUUGUAAAUUACUGCACAGAGAUUUAUCAUGUAUGAACAUUGUCUUAGGUGUAAUAUCUGCAUUACUUUGACACUGGAUGCUGGCCAUUCAAGUGCGCACUGUAAUUGACAGUGAAAACUUUGCUUCCUGUUUUUUUGUUAGUUUUAUUUUACUUUACAAAGGCAGGACAAAAUGUGAUAAGAUAAUGUACACAAAUGUUGUCUUUAUCAUUUUUUAUUAAGUUCAUGUGGUUCACUUGUCUAAUAAUUAAAUUUUUAGCAUUCAUAGUGAACUGUCUUGCAACUGUAAAAUAGUUUUGCUCUUACUGUGAUAUUUAUGUCCAUUGUAGUUUUCUAUUUUAUAAUUGUUAUUUAUUGCUAUUUAUUGUCAUUGUUUGUAUGGAACACCAAAUCAUAUUUUCUGUAUGUACAGAAUCACAAGAGAAUACUUAAAUUUGUGGUAAGUGUUUGUCAGCCUUUCAACAACAUGCAUGAAUAAAUCUUCACUUCCAAAAACACUACCCUACCGUCCCUACAGAACAUAACAUCACAUUUAAUGGAAACCACAUAUGAGUAAUACUGAACAAAUUUGUUGCAAAUCUUUCGAAGACUAAAUCCCAAAAAACAUAUUCAUGUCAAAAGUCUAUGAAGUUAUUACACAGCAGAAGUUCUUAAAUGCAAUGCAUAAUUACCGUAUGUGUAUUUAUACAAAGUAAGGAAAAGCUGUUGUACAGUUGCAAAUGAAAUGUAUGUUUGUCUUUCAUUUUUAAUUAUAUGUUCAUAGUGUAUUUUCAAGGCAGUGUUUUAGGUAAUUUUUUAUGUCAUUCAUCUUCAGUCAUAGACUUGAAAUAUUAGUGUUUUUGCAGAUUUUUUGUUGACAGAAGCUGGAAUGACCCUAAGAAUACAAACUUUAUGUAAUGUCUUUUAAGUCAGUUGCUUUAUACAUGCACUGCAUUAUUAAAGAUUGCUCUCUGUUGUCAUAAGCUUCAUUGUAAUUCAUUUCUAUUAGAACUGAUCAUUAUUAUAAUAAAAACUAAGAUUGAUCAUUUUUAUACUUACUUAAUUGUUCUGGGUUUUCUGUAAAUUGAACAAGACAACCAAAUUAAAUCACAUUUUUUUUUUAAAAAGUAAUUUGAUUGAUGAUAUGAUGCUGAUGUUUCAAUAUAAGGAGAAAAAUGGUUUGCUGACACUUACUUCCAUUAGGUGAAAUUCCAGGUAAUGCCAACACACACACACACACACACACACACACACACACACACACACACACACACAUAUUAGUAAAACAAUACAUAGUGUUUGGAACUUUUAAUUCCUUCCACAGGGAAGAGGAAAGGGAAAGUUGGAAAGACAGUCUGUGGUAUUAAGGGAUGCACCUGUUUUCAUAAAACACCUGGCUUCCUCUCAGUCUCACAUAUGAGUGACCUGUCCCUCUUCCUUCCCUGAGAAAGGAAUUAACACUUGCAAAGGUAAAUGUGGCUUCUUCUACUUUUAAAUGUGCAUUGGGAGUACAUUGAAUUUCACCUCCUGUGAGUAGGUUCUGGCCAGCCAUUGUUUGUUUCGUUAUUUUACAGUUUUCCCAAGCAAUAUAGCCUUUUGAUGUUAUAUUAUUUUUUGUUUAAUAAUAUAUAGGCUGUCCCAGGACGAAUGGUCAAUAUUCAGUGAUAUGACAGCAACGAUCAUUCGAAGCAAAAAACAUGGGCUUUGAAAUGCAUACCUUAAGAGAUAUGAGCACUACUUAAUCUCUGAUUCUGUGAAACAGAUAUAUUCUACAGCAAGCGUCUGGCUUUCCCUAUUUUGGGAAGAAAUAGCUUCAACCAAAAUAAAAAAAUCUAAACCUUAAGAGCUAUGAGCACUUGUUCAUUUUCAGUAUUGUGAAACACAUCUCUUUUACCGAACAAGUGUUCAUAGUUCUUAAGGUUUGCAUUUUAGAACCCAUGUGUACUAGACUUCUUUGCUUCAGGUGAUCGUUCCUGUCAUGUCCUGAAUAUUGACCAUUGCGCCUGGAACAAUCUUUAUUAACACUUUACGAUUAUAUCCAAGGAUAUAUAUCCUUGGGAACAGUGGUUCUGUGGGUAUUAAGCCUAGGUUUAAGAAGAGUUUCUAUGCCCUGUGGACAUUAGACCAUCAUCUAAGAAACAUGCCUUAGACCAUAGCUUAAUGCUCUAAAACCAGUAACACCAAGACUGUGCAAACCUGGAUUGUACGGUGAAACUAUAAGGUUUUAAUGAUUUAUAUGUGAUGUAUUGUGGAUGUUUAUUUAGGAUGUUUAUUUAGUAGAAUAUCACAGCAGUAUGAUUGUACAGUGCAGUGUCUUUUAUUGAAAGAGAAUAUCGUAUCUGAAUAAUUCCUAAGGAACAUUUAUAAAUAUUUAUCUUUUCAGAUAUGCACCAAAAGCCUUGUAUAGAUUGUUGUGAUUUACAGAUACCUUAAAUAUACAGAUGUUUUUUGAACUUUU